AUGGCUCUCAGCCAAGCCACCAAUCCCGAAUUCCCUUACUCGCUCACAAUAUCUCUCCCUCUCCCAACCAAUCGUUUGGCAUCAUGCGCUCUACGCGCCUUGGAAGUUGACGCCGAACUAUCCCCCUUCGUGCGACGGAGUUUCACCCUUGAAGCUCCGGCGGUGCAAACAUCAUCCGAACCGCAAGAAAAGAAGCAAAAACAAGACCCUGAAGAGGCUAAAACUGUGUUGAAGAUAACAUAUAUUGCGACGACAAACCGGAUGUUGCGUGUUUCUGUUAAUGGAUUUAUGGAGAGUCUGGGCAUCGUGCUUGGGGUUAUGACAGAAUUGGAUAUUGAUGUGCUGAAAUCCGAAAUGGAGGGUUGA